AUGUGUUGCAGAUCUCAAAAACGAGCUGAUGGGUCUCUUCUCAACUCAACCCUCAAGGUUGAGUCCAAAGUCGUGUUCCUCGGAGACUCAGGCGUCGGGAAAUCCUCUCUCUUAGUCCGAUAUACACGUGGCGAGUUCAGUGAUGCCCACGAAGUAACAAUCGGUGGAGCAUUUUUACAAUCCAGAGUUGACACCGGUGACGGGAAAGUCACAGUCCUAGACAUUUGGGACACUGCAGGACAAGAAAGGUUCAGAGCGCUGAUGCCUCUUUAUUACCGAGAUGCCGCAGCUGCAGUAAUUGUAUAUGAUGUGGGCGACAAACGAUCUUUUGAGCGAGUUGACUACUGGGUGAACACCUUAAAGGCACAGGUUCCUGACUGCUUGCUGUAUUUAGUAGGGAACAAAGCUGAUAGAGAAAGCAAGACAGUUGGAGAAGACAUCGCAAAAGCAUAUGCGAACGAACAUGACAUGGAAUGGUUCGAGACUUCAGCGAAAACUGCUUUAAACGUGGAUUUGGUAUUCAGAAGAGUUGCAGAAGGAAUUCAAAAGCUCAAGGGAAAUUAA